CAGAAGCGGCAGAGGACAAGUUUUAUGCCGUCUCAGGUCAUGAUAUUAGAGGAAACGUUUCUCCAUACCCAGUAUCCGGAUAUCUUUCUCCGAGAAGAACUGUCUCAGAAAAUAUCACUUUGUGAGGCUCGAAUACAGGUUUGGUUUCAGAACCGCCGGGCAAGAUGGCGACGA